GACAAGGACUACUACAAGAAUAAAUAUUAAAUAAAUGCUAGUUUGAGGACUUCAAUCGUUAACAUCUCAAAGUUGAGGAACCAAAAAGUCAUACAACUCCAACAUCAAACUCAUCUUUCUCCCCCUUCCAAGUUCCAAGUUUGAGAAUCGAUCUACACUGACCCAUACCUCGCCGGCAAAAACUACCCUUCUUGCGUUCGCCCCAGAGAUUCCGACGGACAACCUCAUCACACGAGCAGCUGCAGGCCGGACGAUUGGCCUUCCAAGUCCUACGCGAACUUGCGCUCUCUAAAUCCCACAACUAGCCAAUAAGAAACCUCGCCUGUUUUCGCCUUUUUUUUUGGAAAUUUCCCUUUUCGGGGAACUUAGGGCGACGAAUUGGGCGAGCUAAUUCGUGCCCAUCAAGCAACCAGCUGCUUCAUCUGUCUUCUUUUCCUUUGCGGCUUUGCCACAGGAAGGAGAAGAAGAAUUCGAAGGAGGUGUUAACAGUAAACGGGGAGUAAUGUCGAUUGCGGCGCCUGGCCAGCUCAACCUGACCGAGAUGGCUACAUGGGGAUCCCGAACUGUUGAUAAGUUCGAGAAGUUGGAACAGAUUGGGGAAGGCACUUAUGGUCAAGUUUACAUGGCUCGUGAAAUAGCAACUGGAGAAAUAGUUGCUCUGAAGAAGAUAAGAAUGGACAAUGAGAGAGAAGGGUUUCCUAUAACUGCCAUUCGUGAAAUCAAAAUUCUAAAGAAGCUCCACCAUGACAACGUAAUUAAGUUGAAAGAGAUCGUAACAUCUCCAGAUGGUAACAAGUACAGAGGUGGUAUCUACAUGGUCUUUGAAUACAUGGAUCAUGAUUUAACUGGUCUUGCCGAUCGUCCCGGAAUGAGAUUUUCAGUUCCUCAAAUUAAGUGCUACAUGAGGCAGCUCUUAACUGGGCUUCACUAUUGCCAUGUUAAUCAAGUACUUCAUCGUGAUAUCAAAGGUUCUAAUCUUCUCAUAGACAAUGAGGGGAACCUUAAGCUUGCUGAUUUUGGGCUUGCUAGGUCAUUUUCGAAUGAUCAUAAUGCAAAUCUUACAAACCGUGUUAUUACUUUAUGGUACAGACCUCCAGAGUUGCUUCUUGGGGCAACAAAGUAUGGUCCAGCUGUUGAUAUGUGGUCUGUUGGCUGUAUCUUUGCUGAGCUUCUCCAUGGGAAGCCUAUCUUCCCUGGGAAAGAUGAGCCUGAACAACUAAACAAGAUUUUUGAGCUUUGUGGAUCACCCGAUGAGGUUAACUGGCCUGGUGUGUCUAAGAUUCCUUGGUAUAACAACUUCAAGCCUGCAAGGCCAAUCAAGAGACGCCUGAGGGAAGCUUUCAGACAGUGA